GUUCGCGAUGGGAUGGCGGGGAUGGAGCUGUGCGAGCCGAGGGACCUCUACAACAUCCUCAACCAGCACUGGGUGCUGCCGCGGCGGGCAGAGAACAACUACCUGUGCCUGCUGGAUGUCCGCACUCAACGUGAAUACGAUGAGAGCCAUAUUCUUACCGCCCGCAGGAUUGCACAGAGUCCUACGGGGAAGUAUCUGGUCCCAGAUUCAGAGGAGCUGGCGUGCGUCAGAUACUGCGUGGUGUAUGACUACGAGACCAGCUCGUUGGACUGCUGUGACUCCGAUGAAGAAGGAGGAAGCAGGUUUUCUGACUCAAGUUCCACGUCUUCACAGCAAGCCAAGAAAGGAACUGCCAUCCACUAUGCUAAAGUCUUGGAGCAGUUCACCAGCCACCCCGUGCUCAUCCUGCAGGGAGGAUACAAGAAGUUUUCAGCUUGCUAUCAUUUCCUGAGGACUCAGAGGACUCUGUGGAUGCCCUGGGAACUGGCCAACCUCCAGACAUACCCUGUAGAAAUACUACCUGCAAAGUUAUAUAUGGGCAAUUUCAAGCAGGCCUGUGACCAACAAAUACAGAAAGACCUGAAGAUCCAAGCGCAAGUGAACAUCUCCGAACAGCGCGCAACACCGUUUGCAGACAGCGACAGAUACCUCCAUGUGUCUGUUCCAGAUACACUUGAAGCAGACCUUUUUUCUUCCUUUCCCACCAUUUGUCAUUUCAUAGAUGCUCAGCUGGAUCACGGAGCGGUGCUGGUGUUCUCCAGCCUGGGGAUAAGCCGGAGCAGCACAGGAGUCAUGGCCUAUCUUAUUCAUUCCUGCAUGUUUUCCCUGAAGGGCGCCUGGAGCUAUGUCCUGAAGUGCAAAACGAACAUGAGACCGCACCAAGGCUUUGUGAAACAGCUCUUAGACUGGGAGACCAAAAUGUACAAGACCACGGUCACAGACAUCUCUGAACUCGACUACUGAAGGGAACACCCAGCAGGGAAUGGCAUUUCCCCAUCGGCGCCCCUGUGCUGGCUGAAAGCUACUUGAGCUUUAAGUAAAAUAGAACGGCUUUCCUCUUUA